CUUGCGCUAUCUGAUGUAGCAGAGAACUAAGUUCGUUCCCUACAAGCGCAAACAAGAUACAAAUUUUAGUUAUCUAUUACGUCGUGAGGUGAUAAAUGAGGCGAAGAAAGAUUUCAAAGUAUCAUAAAAUAAUUUCCUAACAAAUAUCGCAAAUCGACAAUGUAUAUUACAACGAAUAAUGAUUUUGUGGCAACAGACUUUAGAAUUUAUACUUUCUACAAUGAAAGAACUUGUUUUUGUUGGAACAAGAAUAAAUUCGUGAUAUUUCCGUAUAAGAACGAUAGUCGUGCGUCUGUCAAGGUUCUGACAGCACCAUCACCAAUAAAAACUUUACAAUGUUUUAAUGGCCGAAUCUUUGUAAUUUGCAUUCCACAAGGUGUUUAUAAACUUUCACGAGAUCUAGAAUUCUGUCUUUUAAGCACAAGUGCAAUUGAAAUGGGUACCAUGUUUUAUGAGGUAUUGGUACCAAGGGAUAAAUAUCUUUACUUGGAUAAUAAACAGAAAAUGGAAAGUAAGAGAUUGUUUCAACUUUCUUGCGAGAAAAUUGACUCAAAUAAACUAUGCGUUUAUAUAUUAAAUACAAAGAAUACUGCAGAAAAUUUUAUGAAGGCUUUAAUAAGCGAUGAUUUAAACGUAGAAAGUUUAUGCAUAAUUGGAGAAGAAAAGAAACUUUUUAUACUGAAAAAUGAAACUGCACAAAUAAUAUAUAACAGUGUUUAUGUUAUUAGGGAUAUAAUAUCUAUGCAAAAAGAUUCAGGAAUAGCUGGAUUAUUUCUUCUCACUAAUACAGAUGUUAUUAUUAUAAUGUAUUCAAAAAAUAACACACUUGUUUUUGAAAACAUUUGCUUAAGAACAAAAAUACAAACUAUUUGUAUUGGUUUUAGUCAGUCAUUUGAAAAUACAUUAUGGAUUGUUUACGCAGAUGAGUGUAAAGUAUAUUAUGCACAAAAGGAACUGUCAAGUGAUAAUGUCAAAUGCAUGAAAGUUCAGGAUAAUAAUAUUAAUUGUCUACAGUGUUAUGAUUCCAAGAUAAUUUUAGGUUUAACUGAAAAUAAUCAGUUAAUAGAGUUUCCAGUAGAUUCUGUAGAAAGGACAUUAUCAUUGGAUAACAACAUGUUUAAUGAUCUUCAUCCUGAUAUGUUAAAAGGUACAAAACUUAUAAUGGAUAAAAUUUAUAAAGGAACUCAAGAAUUAAAUGCUUUGAAUGAGAUAUUAACCAGAGAAAAAGAUAAGUUAAAAGUAAUAAAUUUAUAUGCUCUUGAACAGAAGAUCCGGCGGUAUCCAAAAAUUGUAACUGUAAAAGUAGCUAAUCAAUUCUUUUUAUCUACAAAUUUUCAAGAUUCACUACCAAAAGGUAGUUGGGUUGUUUUUAACGUAAAUUUAGAUUGUCAGAACUUGUUUUGUAUGAAAGCAGUAACAGAUCAAGAGACUACAAUCGAUGUUCAGGUACCUGAGGAUAAAACACUAAGCUUUUCGCAAGUCACAGUAGAUUUAAUUGCAUUGAAAGAGAAAGGAUAUCCUUGGUGCCUUAUAAGAAAUUACAUCAUCAACUCUGAUUGUGAGAAAAAUAAAAAAAGAAGGACAAGAUCAGAUAAGACUGAAUUUAUAAAUUCUCGAAUUGCAAUGCUUCAAAAUUAUAUACAAGAAAGAAAUGUUGACAUAAAACAAUUAUCCGAAAUUAAAAAACGUUUAAGAAAAGAAUUGAACGGCAUAUAAAAGUCAUUAAAAUAAAUAAAAAACACGUUAUUUAAUUUAUAGGUUUUUGAACUCUUUCUUAAUAGGUAAAGCGCGCGUAAGUAGCGCCAUCUACAUGCCUAUGAGUCGUCUUUGUGCAAUUUUCAAACUGCUGCCUUUGUGCAAUCUUUAAACAACCAUUUUUCUUUUUUGACAAUCGAUGAAAAUAACUAUACAGUAAAGAUUUUGACAAUCAUAAUACUGUCGUUUUGUUAAUUAGCUAGUUUUGUACAGUGAAUAAUUUUCGCAUACAUAUUGAAGAUCCUGCGUGUAAGGACAAGAGAAUAUCGCUCAAUUUGUAUAAAUAUAUUUUUAAUAAAUGUUUUUAUAAUUGA